AUGGAAGACGAGAUUACACCAGCCGCACCAACGGAAUACACGUUACAGACUACUACUCAAGCCCUUGAUGAAGCAACAUUCUCACUCAAUCCCGCAACCGAGGCCGACGCAGUCCCCGGCAACAAAUUCGCGUUUCCACCGAGCCAUUUACAACAGUUGGUUACUUCUCGUAGUUUCGCCGCGCUACGAUACUUUGGAGGUCUACCAGGUCUGUCAAAGGGUCUCCGAACGGACACCAAGGCCGGUCUUGGUGCAGAUGAAGACAUUGUGGAUGGCAUCAUCACUCGCAAGGACGUUCUGGAAGCCGGAAACCGGCCGCUGAGGCAAGAUGGAUCCGGUGUUGUCGUCCAAUCUGACCCCGGAAAGUUCACGGAUCGCCGACACAUCUACGGCGAGAAUCGCGUACCUAAGAGGAAACCGACCACCUUCGUACAGUACCUUUGGCUUGCGUUCAACCACAAGUUGAUGUUCCUCCUUACUGCCUCUGCAAUCGUCUCCCUAGCUCUUGGCAUAUACCAAUCUGUUGACGACACUGAAGAGGGAGGCAUCGAAUGGGUCGAAGGUGUUUCAAUUAUCGUCGCUGUCAUCGUCAUUGUAUUUGUCACUGCAAUCAACGAUUACCAGAAGAGCUUCAAGUUCCAGAAACUCAACCAGAAGAAAGAAGAGCGCAUGGUAACGGUCACCCGCUCUGGAAUGCACCAGUCCAUCUCCAUCUUUGACAUACUUGUCGGAGAUGUCUUACACAUUGAAGCCGGUGACGUCGUACCAGCGGACGGAGUCAUGAUCGAGGGAUUCGACAUUCAAUGCGAUGAGUCGGCCCUAACAGGCGAGUCAGAGCUGGUAGUCAAGAUCUCACCCCAUACCCAGCAGCCUGGCGACCCAUUCGUUUUCAGCGGAACAAAAGUUGUGACCGGCGUGGGUAACUACCUUGCCCUUUCCGUAGGUGUGAACUCAACGUACGGGAAGAUUACGUCGUCAUUGCAAGACGAUGUGGGAGAGACGCCUCUUCAACAAAAGCUUGGUGUUCUUGCAAACCACAUUGUCAGAUUCGGCUUGGCAGCUGGUCUUAUCUUCUUCACCAUAAUCUUCAUCCGCUUUCUUGUCCAGCUCGACGAUAUUCAGCGUGGUCCACGAGCUAAGGCAGAGGAAUUCCUGAACGUCCUUAUCCUCUCCAUUACCGUCGUCGUGAUUGCCGUGCCCGGGGGUCUGCCGCUGACCGUCACUCUGGCGCUUGCAUUCGCCACCACGAGGAUGCUAAAGGACAACAACCUGGUUCGGCAUCUACGGUCCUGCGAGAUUAUGGGAAAUGCGACAACUGUUUGCUCGGACAAGACGGGAACCUUGACGCAGAGCAAGAUGACAGUGGUGUCUGGCAUUUUGGGUGCAUUUGGACGAUUCGAUACCAGCACGCCUUCCAAUGCGCUUAGCGAAGAACCGAAAACUCUGCCUACAGCAGGCAGACUUAUCCAAUCUCUCUCUGCAAAUGUUCGGAACCUCCUCAAAGCAAGCUUUUGCCUUAAUUCGACCGCUAUCGAAACCAGCGAUUCCAAUCAGUUUGUUGGGUCAAGCACAGAGACAGCUCUCCUGAAAUUCGCUUCUGAUCACCUUGGAAUGGCUGCACUGAGCGAAGAAAGGGCAAAUGGGAACGUAGUCCAGUUGCUUCCAUUCGACUCAAAGAGAAAAUGGAUGGCCACGUUUAUGAAAACUGGCCCUGAGAGUUGCAGAAUACUGGUAAAGGGAGCCGCCGAAGUCGUCCUCGGCAGGUGCACCCAGACUCUUCAAGAUCCCAGCGUCGACAUGUCCACCAAGAUCCUAUCGGUCGACGAAAUCCACGGUUUAGAAACCACGAUGCACCAAUACGCUGGACGGUCACUCCGUGUCGUUGCCGUUGCAUAUCGUGACUUGCCGGCUUCUGCUCUCCAGGAUGGCGUAGUUCCGGAAGAGCAACUGGCAGCGAACAUCUCAGACCUAGUCUUCCUUGGAGCCUUUGGCAUCCGCGAUCCCCUGCGCCCCGAGAUCGUUGACUCGGUACAGCGCUGUCGAUCCGCCGGUGUGUUCGUACGAAUGGUGACUGGCGAUAACUUCUUCACAGCUAAGGCGAUCGCCUCGGAAUGCGGCAUCUACACGGCCGGCGGAAUUGCCAUGGAUGGCCCAACAUUCCGACAGUUGACGCCCGAGCAGCUGGACCUCGUUGUGCCGCGUCUACAGGUUCUUGCCCGCUCCAGUCCAGAUGACAAGAUGCUGCUUGUGUCGCACCUGAGGUCCAUGGGCGAGAUUGUUGCCGUCACUGGUGAUGGCACGAAUGAUGCCCUGGCUUUGAAGGCGGCCAAUGUUGGGUUAUCCAUGGGCAUCUCUGGUACAGAAGUCGCGAGGGAGGCAUCCGACAUUAUUCUCAUGGAUGAUAACUUUGCUUCUAUUGUGAAGGCUAUUGGCUGGGGAAGGGCUGUCAAUGACGCCGCUAAGAAGUUUCUACAGUUUCAAUUCACCAUCAACAUCACCGCCGGGCUUCUCACUGUCAUAUCCGCCCUCGUCGGCGGCACAGAUGCUUCGGUAUUCAGUGUCGUCCAGCUUCUAUGGAUCAAUCUUAUCAUGGACACGUUCGCUGCCCUCGCUUUGGCUACAGACUUCCCUACCCGGGACUUAUUUUCACGAAAACCGGAAGUGAAUGGGACAUCAGUCUUGAACACGACAAUGUGGAAGAUGAUCACCGGGCAGUCGAUAUACCAACUGGCCGUUAUCUUCGUCUUCUAUUACGCUGGCGAAUCAAUAUUCAACUCCCCCCUUGAUGACCAGCGAGGGCAGCUGCAGACCAUGACGUUCAAUACAUACGUGUUGAUGCAGUUCUUCAACCAAGCCAAUUCUCGACGCGCCGACAACAAACUCAACAUCCUCGAGGGGGUGAUGCAAAACCCGUGGUUCAUAUUCGUCCAAGCAGUUACGCUCGCCGGCCAAAUCAUCAUCGUUUUCGUGGGCGGACAGGCAUUCCACACGGUCCCGCUCACAGGCGCGCAAUGGGGGUGGUCGAUCCUGUUCGGCUUCUUGACGAUUCCUUUGGGUAGUUUGAUCCGUCUUGUCCCCGACCAGCUGGUCUUCAAACUGAGUGCAUCGAGGAAUGCUGGAUCUGCAUCAGCAAUUGGCGUCAAUACCCAGAGUGAUGUACAGCUUUCGCAGCAGUCCAACGUACCCUCGGAUGAUGAGUUUGACCUCUUGGCCGCAGUCGAGGCGGUACGGUUCGGUACGGCUGAGCCACAUCCUACGUUCGAGGUGCAUCCUGAUACGCAGAAGGGGGAUCCUGUUCUCCUCCCGCUACGCGGUUGCAAGGUGCCACCGAGCCAAAAUAUAGACUUACUCAGAUACAUUGGCUAG